AUGGACUCGACAGCGCACCUCCUCCAUGCCGCACACGACGUAUACGCGCGCAGCGGGGGCAUUGGAGGCGACGCCGCGGGCCGUCCAGGCUCCUACAAGAUCGUUGGCAUCGUCCUCGCCAUAACGUCCGGCCUGUUCAUCGGCGUGUCGUUCGUCAUCAAGAAGCACGGCCUGCUGCAGGCAAACUCCAAAUACCAGGAAGAGGCCGGCGAGGGCUAUGGCUACCUCAAGAACGCCUGGUGGUGGGCUGGCAUGUCGCUCAUGAUUGUCGGCGAGAUCUGCAACUUUGUCGCCUACGCCUUCACCGACGCCAUCCUCGUCACCCCCAUGGGAGCCCUGACCGUCGUCGUCUGCGCCAUCCUGUCCGCCAUCUUCCUCAAAGAGAGGCUGAGUUUUGUGGGGAAAGUCGGCUGUUUCAACUGCAUCGUGGGAUCCAUCAUCAUCGCCGUCAGCGCCCCUUCGCAGUCGUCCGUCGCCAGCAUCCAGGAAAUGCAGAAAUACGUCAUUGCGCCUGGCUUCCUCAGCUACGCCGGCGUCAUCAUCAUCACGUGCGCCGUCAUGGCCUUUUACUUUGGCCCCAAGUACGGCAAGAAGUCGAUGAUGGUCUACAUCUCUAUUUGUAGCUUGAUUGGCGGCCUCAGUGUGGUUGCGACGCAGGGUCUGGGCGCUGCGAUCGUGUCGCAGAUAUCUGGCUCUCACGGCGGGCAGUUCAAGCAGUGGUUUCUCUACGUUCUCCUCGUAUUCGUCAAAGCCCUCAACCUCUUCAACGCGGCCUUGGUCACGCCUACAUACUACGUCUUCUUCACCUCCUCCACCAUGGUCACCUCUGCAGUUUUGUUCCAGGGCUUCAAGGGAACAGCAAUCCAGAUCCUGCAGGUCAUCAUGGGCUUCCUGCAAAUCUGCUCGGGUGUCGUACUACUACAGCUCUCCCAAUCAGCAAAGGAUGUCCCCGACGCCGCCGUUUUCAAGGGUGAUCUCGACCAAGUGCGCACCGUCGCCGAAAUGGAGGAGUCCGAGUUUGCGCCCCGCGCCGACACAAUCCGCGGUGGUGCAGCCAUCCUCCGCACCCUCUCCAAGGCCCGCUCCAUCAAGGAGUUCAACGAAGCUCGCAAAAUCAAAGAAGAGCACAUGGCCCCGAUUGGCGAAGGCGAAGCAGUAGAAUUCGACGGUCUGCGCCGCAGAAGAACAGUCCUCGACCCCAGCCGCCCACCAACCCGCAGCGCGACUGUCGUGAGAACGAAAACCCUCCACCCCCCACUCGGCAUGACGCACUUCCCCGACGAAGAAUCCGAGGACGACGACAGCAGCAGCUUCCACCCAGGCUUCUUCCAGCGCCUCCGAUCGCGCGGGAAAUCAACAAGCAGUCGCGGCAGCGCACGUGCAACCAGCAGCAGCGGCGUCGGCAUGUCGAACCUCUCCGCCAUCCCAUCCCUGUCCGUCGACGGCGCGUCAGACGAGUACGACCCCUACAAAUACGCCAUGAGCCAGGACACAAGCUACAAAGCGACCGUAACAGCAGCAGACUCCCCUCACAAACCCGGCAGCGACUCACCAGCGCACAUCCAGUUCGCAAACCUCCCCGAUCCGCACAGUAUAGAAGACGACGAGGAGAUAUUACAGCCCCCCAAACUCCCCCAACACAUUGCAAAACGCCAGUUCAGCUUCACUAACGUGUUCUCGCGCAACCGCUCCGAGAGCGCAGGGGAAAGUAGUAAGAGGCCCGUCAGCAGGCAUUCUCGCCGCGAAAGCCGCGAGGGGAAAGCAGUCGCGACGGAGGAAGAGAGACUGGGCCUUGUUAAAGGUGACUCGUCGCAUCUGCUUCCUAUCCAGAGUGUGGGGAGUUUGGAGCGCAUUCAGCCGGGUUAUCAGAAUGUGGAGAUCGAGGACGAGUGGCGGAUGGAGGAGAGUCCUGAUCGGGGGGAGGAGCGCGGGUUUGGGGGUGGGAGGGGGGGGGAGAAGGGGAGGGGGCCGUAUUUGUAG